AUGGCCACCGUCACCUCUGCAGCUCUCACCAUCCCAUCCUUCACUGGCCUGAAAGCCGGUGCAACCGCAUCUAAAGUAAGCUCCGCAGCCAAGGUUGCAGCCUCUCCCGUCCCAAGGGUAGGGGUUGCAUCAAGGCCUCCCUCAAAGACGUUGAUAGCUGUUGCGGCAACCGCUGCAAGCGCAAUCCUCGCCAACAAUGCCUUGGCCGUUGAAGUCUUGCUCGGUGGUGAUGAUGGGUCUCUGGCCUUCGUCCCCAGGGAAUUCAGCGUGAGUUCUGGGGAGAAAAUUGUGUUCAAGAACAAUGUUGGGUUCCCGCAUAAUGUGGUGUUCGACGAGGACGAAAUCCCAAGCGGAGUCGACGCAUCCAAAAUCUCCAUUAACUAA